AGAAUCUGAAAACUGAUAGGGAUAGGUUGUUGUUGUUGAUUGAAUUUGCUUAUGCGAGUUUUUCCUUUUUUGUAACAAUUUUAAUCCACUUCUACAAAGUAUAAACUACAAAUUAUUCAAUUGUAAUAACAGUUCGGUGGUAUAUUGUCGGAGAAUUAGACUUAUUUGAGCCAUAUUUCACCCUGUACUCUGUGAUCUAUGCCCUAAGCUUCAAGUUGGGGGACUGAAAACUGAUCAUGGAAGAGACAUGGAAGAAGUCCUAGGAGCUAGCUAAGAAUGAUAAGAACAGCCUAACUAUCGACUUUCCAAUAUCCUAAUAGCCACCUUACCUAAUAUUUAUUGUGGAACAAAACCUGGAUCCAUUAAAUGACUUAGAGAUUUUAUUAUUUGAAUAAAGAUAAGUUACUGUUUUACAUUAUAAAGGACCCCACAAGGCGACUACAAGGCAUCUGAAGUGAUUAGUAAAUGGUCUGGAAGAAACUGUUUAUGCCAGCUGAAACUACAGGAUUGUAAUUAUUUCAUAAUUAUGAUGUAGUGAAAAUUAUUUGUUUUUAAAUUCCCAGAAAUCAAAUACUCAACAAAUAAUGUCAGAUUUGAGAAAAACAGUAUUAGGGCUUCAUGCCAAAAGAUCAGGGUCAGUAGCAACUCCUCAAAGUUUUAUCCCUACUAAAUGGACUAAAUAUUUUGAUAAGGAAGAACAAAUCCAAAUCCCAAAUGGUACUUUCAAUUUGUACAGCAGAGGCAAGAAAGGGCCUAUUUUGUUAUGCCUACAUGGUGGUGGGUACUCUGGACUGACAUGGGCAUUAUUUGCAGAAGAGAUAAUGGAGUUGAUAAAUUGUCAAGUCAUUGCCUUAGAUCUGAGAGGGCAUGGUAAAACAACUACUAAUGAUGAUGCUGACCUUUCCUUGAAUACUUUAUCUAAUGAUGUUCUGGAAGUGGCAAGUAAGAUUUCAGAAGAAAAAAAAGAUCCUAUUAUUUUAGUAGGUCACAGUAUGGGAGGGGCUGUGGCAGUAGAAACAGCAAAUAGUUUGGAAUCAGCCAUAGGAUUAUGUGUUAUAGAUGUAGUAGAAGGAACUGCUUUAGAUGCAUUAUCAUCUAUGCAAAGUAUUCUUAGGGGACGCCCCUCACAUUUCAAGAGUAUUCCACAUGCUAUCCAAUGGUGUUACAAAGGGGGCCAGACUCAUAAUCUUGAGGCAGCUAAAGUAUCAAUGCCUGGACAAGUUAUUAAUGUGAAGACAGAAAAUUUAGCUGCUGAUGAAUGUGACAACAUAGAUCCACAAGCUAUUGAAUCUUUGAUGAACCAGAGAAGUACAGCAGGAUCCAUGAAUUCAUUAACUGAAGUGGCAGAAGAAUCAGAAGAAAUUGAAGAUUCUGAAAAAUAUAAUGAUUGUGGAAAGCCACCUCUUCCAAAAUCACAAAGGACUGAUCUGUUCAAGAGCCCAACAUCUAUGAAUUCAGAAGAUGUGCCCCAGUAUAAAUGGAGGAUUGACUUGAGCAAAACUGAGAAGUUUUGGACAGGUUGGUUCAAGGGAUUGUCUCAAAAAUUCCUUGGCAUUCAUGUGCCUAAAUUAUUAUUAUUGGCUAAUAUCCAUGGUUUGGAUACUGCUCUUACUGUAGGACAGAUGCAAGGCAAGUUUCAAAUGCAAGUUUUAGCUAAAUCUGGUCAUGCUAUUCAUGAAGACCAACCCCAUAAAGUAGCUGAGGUUAUGAGUGGGUAUCUAGUAAGGCAGCAGCUAGCUACUGGGAAGGAUUCUUUUGUUCAUCAAGAACAUGUGGAUUAGUUUCAUUGAAUUCAAUUUCUUUACCCCUUUUGUAUCUCAAUUAGGUAAUUAUUUAUUGCAUUUCAUUGUUGUUUAUAAGUUCACAACUUUUUUGCUGAUUGACUAUAUAGAUGACACCUUUUGAUG